UGUGUUACCACGUCUGCGACUCGUGCGCAUCCGACCAAAACAUCGUACAGUUCGCUAUGAUUUCAACGAAAUUACACUGUGAUUUUUUUAAUAUCUGAAUACCGAAAAAGGCAUCAUGUUUAUUUAAAUACUGUGAAAUAAAAGUGUCAUUUACAAGUGUGAAGUAAAUUAGAAACGUUGAAAUGAAAUUCUUUUUCUUUAUUGCUGUGAUUCUGCUCUCGAAGACAAUAAAAGCCGAAUUAUAUGCCGAUUACAACAUUCUCCAAGAUGUGAUUAAAGUUUAUGAAAUAUAUACUUCUGAUGCAGAAAGAAUAAACUUUAUAGAUGGACCAGACGGCGAUAUCGCAUUUAAAUUUGAUAAAACAAGCAAAGUCCUGUCUCCAAUCAGCAAUACUACAUUAAACAACCUCAAGCUUUCUAGUCCUUUCAUUUUAAGUGUCAUGUUUAAAUUUCAUGAAAGUGAUUAUGCUUGCUUGUUCGCUAUCAAAAAUUUAGAGAACCUUGUUAAGUUAAGAUUAUGUAUUACACCAAAAGCUCCUGAUUUUUUUGAAAUAAAUAUCGAUAUCGAUGGCCUUAACGAAACCGUAAAUAUCGAUGUAUAUAAAGACCUAAGUAAAAAUUGGGUGGAUAUGUACAUAACGUUUGACAAAGCAAUAACACUAUAUACUGAAUGUUCUUUUAUCGAUACUUUUGAACCGGAUGAAAAUAUGGAUGAUAUUUCUUUUACAAGUGACGAUUGGAUUUACAUUGGACAGUCAGGUGUAGAGGAAAGCGGUCUAUUCAGAGGUGCCAUUAACAAAAUUAUUUUAUACCCGGAUACGGACAACAUACAAAGUGUUUGCAAGAAUGAAAUUUAUAUCCCUGACAGUUUCAAAGAUGACUUAACUCUGCCACCACCUGAGGGUGAAGAUAAUAAAGAAGAAACUAAUAUGAAAGGGGAUAAGGGGGAAAAGGGCGAUAUAGGGGCUAGAGGAGAAACUGGAGCAAUGGGCAUAAAAGGAGAAAAAGGAGACAAGGGAAGCGCAGGUUUGUCAAUAACUGGGCCUCAAGGUCCUCAAGGUCCAAUAGGACCUCAAGGACCAAUUGGUAAAGAAGGCCCUAGAGGAGAGGAAGGGGAAUGUCAGUGUUCAGAAUCUGUUGUGUCGAGUCUUAUAAAGAAAAUGCCUGAAAUGAAAGGGCCUCGAGGUGAACCUGGCCCUAGAGGAGAAGAUGGCGAUACUGGAGAAACUGGAGAAACAGGAUUACCUGGAAAACAAGGUGAAAGAGGUCCAAAAGGUUCAACCGGUGAGAAAGGUGAUAAAGGCGACGACGGCAUGCCGGGGAAAGACGGUCAAAAUGGAUUGAAGGGUGAACCGGGGCGAGAUGGGCCGAUAGGCCCUCCGGGACCUACAGGGCCAACCGGUCACCCUGGACCACCUGGACUAGCAUGUGUGCGGGAAGAAGAGCCAGAAAAAUUUCCAAUACCUGGUGACAAAGGAGAUGUCGGACCUCAAGGACCUCCUGGACCUCGUGGUGAAAAGGGAGAGAAAGGCGAAAGAGGUGUAAUAGGCGAGCGCGGCUUACCAGGUGAUUUGGGACACACAGGACCGCAAGGGAAACAAGGUGAAAAGGGGGAAGUCGGUAACCCAGGAUUAAACGGCAAGCCCGGUGUACCUGGUACACAUGGUAAACAUGGUCUGAAUGGUACUAAAGGUGAUAAAGGUGAAACGGGUCUUCCAGGAAUGCCAGCUAAACUGUCUUCUAUAUUAGACGACGACAUAGACCCUGAUGAAAAAUCUGUGAUAGUGGAAAUGUUAAGAGGAUACAAAGGAGAGCCAGGAAUUAAGGGUGAUAAAGGAGAUAAAGGACAAAACGGUACCGCCGGUAUUCCUGGAGCUACCGGUAGUCGCGGUGAUCGAGGAGAAAAGGGUGACAGAGGAUCGACGGGACCCAAAGGGAACAAAGGCGAGAAAGGUGGAACUGGCCCACCGGGGGUUGUAUCAAUGUCUGCCUUGAGUCGUUUGAAGGGUCCUAAAGGAGACCGUGGCCAAACAGGCAAGCCUGGUCCUCGUGGGUAUGCAGGUCAUAACGGUGCAAAGGGCCCAGUGGGUCCUAUGGGUCAGAAAGGCUCUAAAGGUGAUACGGGUGUUCCUGGACCAAUGGGUCCCAAAGGCUCAACUGGUGCAGCGGGAAUAAGGGGUGAAAAAGGUGAAAGGGGCGAAAUACCAGAGAUAAACCUGGAAAAGCUCAAGGGUGAAAAAGGUGACAGAGGUCCAUUGGGACCUACAGGAGAGACCGGCAAAAUGGGCCCACCAGGUAUAUGCCAAAAGACUGAAGAUAGUUUACCGGUGCCAGGGCCACCCGGUCCACCUGGGUCUCCAGGCCCACCGGGUCCACCAGGUGCACCCGGUUCACCGGGUAUAUCUGUGACUGGACCUAAAGGCGAGCCUGGAGGGAUUGUUUCUACUAAGACUUUGUAUAGCUUUAGUGAUUAUCCAGUUAAUAGUGCAGAUGAUGAUGAUGAAGUUUUUCAUAAAAUGGACACGAUGAUUUACAAAACAUCAAAAGGAUUAAAAAGAAGAACUAGGUCAACACCGGUGGGGACUCUCGCUUAUGUUUUAGAGGAAAAAGUAUUAUUGUUAAGGGUUGAUCGUGGUUGGCAAUAUGUUGUGAUGGGUUCUUUAUACCAAGAGAGAGCGCAUAAACCAAAUCCUCCUUUCCGAACUAAUCAUAAUGAAAGGCGAGGAAAAAAAUUCAUUCGGUUAGCAGCACUCGAUGAGCCCUAUGCUGGCAAUAUGGAGACAGGAACAAAUCGAACAGGUCGAAAGACCGUUGAUCAGGAAUGUCAUCUUCAAUCGAAGAAAGCUGGAUUUACAGGAACAUUUGCUGCAUUUCUCGCAAACAAGGUGGAAGACUUGAAGUCUAUUCUCAAGACUGCAGACAAGGAUGUUGCCGUUUUUAAUAUUCAUCAGCAACUUCUAUUCGAUUCGUGGAUCGAUAUGUUUAACGACUCGGGAACGGUAGCUUUUAAAUCGGAUAUUUACAGUUUUAGCGGCAAAAAUGUACUCAUUGAUCCUACUUGGCCAAUCAAAGCUGUAUGGCAUGGAGGGACGUCACUAGGAGUGCGAUCGCCGAAAUAUUAUUGCCGAGAAUGGCUGACAGAUAGUCCCAAAUAUUUUGGUAGUGCUGUCAAAAUAAAUGACAAUAAGCUAGCAAUACACGAAAAGUACACAUGUGAUAAGAAACUUAUCGUAUUAUGUGUCGAAGUUCGACCGAAUGUUGUAAGACGUCAGAGGCAUAUAUCGAGACGUCGUCUUGCAUACGAGAGAUUACUAAAUAAUAAAAUCUGAUAUUAAAAUGAGUGAUUUGACUUGACUUAAUUAUUUAUUUGUGAAGUAUGUGAUGUUAUUUAAUGUGUGGUGUUAAUAAAAAUAAGCCUUGGAAUUUAACAAGUUUGGUGCAAAAUGCGAAUUUAUAUAAUAAUGAAAAAAGAAAACAAGCCAAUUAUAUUAAUGUUUAAUUUAUUUGUUCUCUUAUCGAUACAUUAAAGAUUUAGGCGUACUUUAAAAUUUAUAUAAAUUGUUAAAGGCAUUUACCGAAACAUACAUAAAACAAAUGUUAAGUUGGAAUACGUAAUAAAAUUAAUAUUUACAGAUAUUAUGAAUAUGUUUUUGAAUCCCAAAAAGUUAAGAUUAUUUUCUUAAUUUCAAAUGGCUUUAUUAUUUCCUGUAAUGAAAAAAUGUGUGCAUUUAAUAAAUUUAUAACAACAUCUAUAACUAGUUUAGUAUUAGUACUAUUAAGAUGACAUUUUUUUUAUAUUUUUAUGUGCCAUAGUAAUAUUUUUUUAUUUUUAAAAAUAAGAAAAGUCAAUAAAG